AUGCCAAUGUUCGGCUCUCCGAGGGCCAUAACGUUUCCCUCGUUACAGAAUGCUAACCUCUGCCAAGUCAGCCUAUACUGGGAGGACAAAUGUCGCGUCCAGUUUCUUCGUAAAUCACUUUUCUAUAUCACUCUUUUCGUGACUCUUCUCAGCAUCGUUGUCAAGACAGUUAACGCUCCGCCUAAGAGGGACCAUGCUCACUCAGUGUCGAAACCCAAACUAGAUCCUCCAACGACCAUUUGGCCAACUCCUCGAUAA